AUGUGGUUUUUUGCAAACGUGUUGUUGCAGCAGACGUGUUGUUGCAGCCAGACGUGUUGUGUGCAGUCAGGCGUGGUGUUGCAGCAGACCUGUCGUGGCGCAAGCUGUUGUUGGAGCAGGCGUGGUUGUGGCUGCGAGGACGUGUUGUUGCAGCAGAACUGUGGUGUUGCCGCAGAUGUGUUGUUCGCAAACGUGUUGUUGCAGCAGACGUGUUGUGCAGCAGACGUGUUGUGUGCAGCAGACGUGUUUGUUGCACAGAACGUGUUGUUGCAGACGUGUUGGUUGCAAGCAGGAGUGUGUGGUUGUAAAGGAAACAGACGUGGUGUUGCAGCAGAUGUGGUUUUUGCAGACGUGUUUUGUUGCUAUGCAGACGUGUUUGUUGCAGGCAGACGUGUUGUUGCAAGCAGACGUGUUGUUGCAGCAGACGUGUUGUUAGCAGCAGACAGGUGUUGUCGCAGCAAACGUGGUUGUUCAGACGCGUUGUGCAGCAGACUGUUUGUCCCCAGCAGAUCCGUUGUCGCAGCAGACUGUUGUCGCACAGAAAAGAAGAUGUGUUGUGUGCAGACUGGGUGUUGUCACAGCAUGUGUUUUUGCAGUCAGGUGUUGGUUGCAGCAGACAGUGGUGUUGCUGCAGACGUGUUUGUUGCAGCAGACGUUUUAGUUGGCAGCAGACGUUUGUUGCAGCAGACGUGUUGUUGCAGCAACGUGUUGUUUGCAAGCAGACGGGUUGUCCGCAGCAGACGUUUGUUGCAGCUGUUGUUGAGCAGACGGUUGUCGCAGCAGUCGGUUUUCGCAGCAGACCGCUUGGUUUUGCUGCAGACGUGUUGGCCAGAAGCAGACGUUGGUUGUUUGCGGGCAGCCGUGUUUCGCAGCUGGCGUUGUGUUUGCGGCAGACGUUUGUUGCAGCGGCGUGUUGUUGGAGCAGGCGGGUUGCAGCAUGCGUGUUGUCGCAGCAGGUGUGUUUGGUCGCAAAAGGAACGAGUUGAGUUGCAGCAGACGUGUUUUCGCGUGCAGACGUUGUGUUUGCAGCAGGCGUGCUGUGCAGCAUGCUGGUUUGUUGCUGCAGACGUGGUUGUUGUCAAGCAGACGUGUUGUUGCAAGCAGGCGUGUUGUUUGGAGCAGGCGUGUUUUGCAAGCAGGCGUGUUGUUUGCAAACGGUUUGUUUGCAGCAGAACGGUGUGUUGCUGCAGACGUGGGGUUGUUGUGCAGCAAGCUGUGUUGUUGAGCAGACGGGUGUUGCAGUCAGCUGUUGUUGCUGCAGACAUUGUUGUUGCAGCAGACUUGGUUGCAGACGUGUUGUAA